UGUCAGUAUAAUUUCGUAAUCCGAAGAACGGUAACACCUUACACUUGGUGAAUCAGAAUCAGUGGAUAUUUUUUGUCUGUUUAUGGCCCCUGUGGAGACGGGACUCGAAUUAGCGUAAAGGAACGACCAGGAGAGCACCAAGAUGACCUCGUACGUGCGCGCCAUGUACGACUUUACCGGGGAGCCGGGCUCCUCGGAGCUCUCCAUCGCGACGGGCGACGUGCUCUCGGUGACCCGGAGCGACGUGGGUGAAGGCUGGUGGGAGGGCAAGAAUGCCCGUGGCCAGAUUGGCCUCUUCCCGGCUGCGUACGUGGAGGUGAUGUCGGCGGCCGAAGCCCAGAAGCUGAGCGCCAGUGGAACGACUUCGGUGCCACAGGUUCCGGAUCCCUUCGCCUCGCCCCCUUUGCCGCGUUACGAUCAGACGGCGGAUGAUGAUGGCAGCAACUGGGAUGAUGAGGACGAUUGGAGCGACGACAAUGACACGUACUCGGAAAUUGGUCCAGGUGGCCAGAAGUCUGCGGGACAGUCGGCUCGCGCUGGCGGGUUGUCGCAUUCCACCAGUGACUACGAUAACAAACACCUGCCCAUCGCGCCCAACGAUGACACCCAAUCGCUGGCCUCCGUGGCUGGUGGGACUGGUGCUGCUGGCACCGUCAAGAAGGGCAUGUUCGCCAAAAGUUCCGAUUCGUAUAUACUCGGCUUGUCCAGCACCAAGGAGAAGAUACCCGAAUGCGAGAUGGCCUACAUUACACAGGUGGAGGACUCGAUCUACCAGUGGACGCAGAACCAUUCGCCCUACUCCGUUGUGGUGGCCAGCCCCAAAAAGGAGUCCAAAUUCAAGGGGAUGAAGACGUUCAUCGCCUACCAACUGACGCCUAGCUUCAACAACAUAUCCGUGUCGCGUCGCUACAAGCACUUCGACUGGCUGCACGAACGUUUGGUGGACAAGUUUUGCCUGAUUCCGGUGCCACCGCUGCCGGACAAGCAGAUUUCCGGCCGCUAUGAGGAGCAAUUCGUGGAGCAUCGACGUGUGCAGCUGCAGGAAUUCGUCGACUGGGUGUGCCGCCAUCCGGUGAUCUCCAAAUGCGAGGUCUGGUAUCAUUUCCUCACCUGUCGCGACGAGAAGAUUUGGAAGUCGGGCAAACGCAAGGCGGAACGGGAUCCCUACAUGGGCGUCAACUACUGCCUGGCCAUCUCGCCGCCGGACAAGAACCUGCUGCACUCCAAGGUGGACGCACAGGUUGAGCUGGGCACCCAGUUCAUACACAGUAUGGACGUGGCCGUACGCAACCUGAACAAUAUAUCCAACGACAUGGCCAAGCGCUCCAUGUCGCAGAGUAAAAAGGAGUUCCAGCGCAUCGGCGACGGACUCUCCGACCUGGCCAAGGCAUUGGCCAUUGACGAGCGGCGUGCGCCCACCCGGAACGCGGUUCCGCUCUCCGAGAGCGUCGGCCGCAUCGGUGGCAUCUUUAUCGGUAUUGGACAGGCCUUUGGCGACCAGCCAAAGCAUGAUUGGAUUCCCCUUUCGGAUCGUCUGCACAUCUACAGGGGCGUUCUCAACUGCUUUCCGGACAUCUUCUCCACGCACAAGGGUGCCAUACAGAAGCGAAAGGAUUGCGAGAAAUUGGCCGGCGAGGGCAGGAUGAAUAAUCCCCAGCUGCACGACGUUAAUCGGCGCACAGAUGUCGUCUCCUACACGGUGCUGGCCGAGCUGACCCACUUUAAGAGCGAGCGGGAUACGCAUUUGAAGCAUACGCUUAAGAAUUUCAUUGCCGAGCAGAUUAAGUUCUACCAGGGCGUUGUGGCGCGUCUGCAGGAGGCCAGCCGUCAGAUCGAGUAGAUUGGCCACUGGCCCAUGGACGACGACUCAUCGCUGAAGGGAUCGACGGCUGGGAGCACAAAGAAACAAAGUAACCGCACCGGGCACACACUUCCAUAUAGCUGAAAACAUUCGCACGCGCGCAUUUCAAAUGCCUUUAAAAGGAACUCUUACUUUAAGCGUGGUUCUAACUAAAUGUUAAACAGAAAAAAUAUUACAUAAUGUUGUUUGUAAGUGAAAAAGUUGCGUAUUUAUACAAAAAUUAACUUUUAUAUGCCUAUUAUACACGGAACUUGAGAUGCAAAUAUAACUAUAUUUAUACAGAACUGCA